AUGAAGCCCUUAGUCCUCUUAGUUGCGCUAUUGCUAUGGCCUUCGUCCGUGCCGGCUUAUCCGAGCAUAACUGUGACGCCUGACGAAGAACAAAACUUGAAUCAUUACGUACAAGUUUUAGAGAACCUAAUACUAAGUGUUCCCACUAGGGAGCCAGGCCGUGAGAAAAAAUCAAAGUCUCCAAAAAAUGCUUUUUCUAGAGGGUCGAAGUUAUCAAAAUUAAAGGAGAUAAUUACACAUGGAGAAGCUUCACCUGAGAAUGAUGUUUUAAUCAAUCCUGUCAGUGAGGAAACUACACCUUUGCCUACUAGUGGCUUCACAAUGGGAGUAGGGAGAAAAAAACGCACUAAAAGUACAGCAUUCUGGUCGAUCAAACCAAAUAACGUUUCUGUUGUUUUACGUGCAAAAGAACCUUAUAUUGAAAAUGAAGAGCCAGAGCCAGAGCCAGAGUCAGUUAUGAAACAAACUAAGGCACGAAAAUUGUCACCAACUGUUACUGAAACAUCUGCAAGUCCAUAUGUCACCUCACGAAAAUCACCUGUCACCUCUUUCCGUAGAAACACUGAUUUGGAGAUCACUGCAGAAUCAGAAGAUGUUCCUCAGCUCUCAGGCGAAACUGAAAUAGAAAAACUUGAAGAACCAACAUUGGAAAAACACUCGCAGAUUUUGAAUAAUGAUGACAUUCUGAAAAAAAUUUCAGAUAUUAAUUUACAGGUGCAACAGGCACUUCUUAAUGACAGCAGCAACCCACAAGUUAAAGAAGACAUUCGAGCCUCCAAAGAGCACCUAAAACGAAGCCUUGCUCUAGCAGCAGCAGCAGAACAUAAAUUAGAAAAAAUGUAUAGCUCUCAUUUAUUUUCAUUAGGAGAAACCAGUAAUGAAAUUGAUGACAUCGAAACUGUUAUUAACAUGCUGUAUAAUUCUAGAUCUAAACUAUAUGAAUAUUUAGAUAUUAGAUACGUUCCACCAGAGAUGAGAGAAAAAGCUACUACAGUAUUCAAUACAUUGAAAAAAAUAUUAUGUAGCUCCCACCAGGUCCUGGCCACUGCCCCUGAGAUUCUACUGAUGCACGUGAACCCCAAGAUCCCACACUUCAGUCUCCACCACUGCUCCAGGGUCAGCAGAACUGCUUCAGAUUCCAACACCCCACCAGGGACUCUCUAG